GCUGGAACACAGCUGAAAGGUUUGAUCCCUGAAGGAUCCGAGGAUCCGCCCAUCACAGCAAGUGUUCAACUUGCAUCAGACAUAGACUCAUUAUUAGAAGAGUUGGCACUGGACCUGGAAGAGCAGCUCAGCUGCGAGAACUGCAGAAGACUCUGCCCAGUGCUGGGCCUGCCGUUGGACCAGGACACAAUGGCCAGGCCUUUCAUGUUGGCCCACCGGGUCGACUACGGCUUGAGGGGGACAGCGGAUGGAGAACUUCGAUUGAUUGAUUUUUUCACACAUGUUCAGUUCGGAAGUGCGAGUGAGCAACGCAACUCACUAUUAUUCUUUUCAACCGAGGAGGUGUUGAAGUUGCUCGCUCAACUGAUGGCUUUGAAGGGAAUGGAAACGAACCCCGACAAACCGGGAUGCGAGAAGCUGGUUAUCUCGCCGGUCCAGCGCGCCUGGCUGAAAUCCGAUCCGCUUGGCAUUACCUCCACGGAGCUGGGUUUCGACCCUGCGGUCUUGUCGCCCCAACAGGCCUUCACAGUUAAGGGAUGGAACCGGUCCGUGAGCUGUCUCCUUUGUUUGCUGGCCACGUACCAGUCAGAGGAUCUCCGAAAGGAGAUGGAAUCAUAUUCCAAUGUGGCUGCCUGCUAUCAGGUGGGCCGCUAUGAGGCUCAGGCAGCGUGCAACUUGUUGCUCAAGGUCGACUUGGAUGUCCGGAAUGAGCUGGAGCGAUUGGAACAUCUGCAAAGGCUUUGCGGUGGCUACUUGGCAGCCUUGUCGCGUUUCAGUGAGCACGUCCCGGCCAAGCACUUGGCAGAGGUGCAGGAUGAGAUUCUCAAAGCGUUUCUUCUUCGGCACGCAGACGCCGAUCUCAUGAACAUGCUGACAACGUCAGUUCCACCAGCCGACCUUGGCAUGAUCCAAGUAUUCAAGUCCCAGCUUGCCAAAUGGACUCAGAAGGCGGGGUGCCAUUCGUGGGUGAGCCUCAAAACAAUCGGGCCUAGCAAGCUUUCAGCACAGCUGAAGCAAACCACCUUUCAGCAGACCCAGCUGAAGAUGGAUUCCGAUGAGUCAACUUUGAUGGCUUGGGCAGAUCAGUUUCAGAUGUUUGCCAGCCAACAGGGAGGACUAGACCUGCGAUAUUUGGAAGACCGCUACCAUAAGGGCAAAAAGCGGGUUCAAGAACUGAUGAGUGCCCAGCAUGCCUUGCAAGCUUAUCCGUCGCUGGUCCUGGCACACGCCGACAUCGUGCAGAAGCAAGCCAGUCUUGGCAAUUCGACGUUUGCAGAAUGGAGCGGAGCCACCUGGAUCAUGCAAUUGGAGAAGCUUAAGGGUGAAGCGCGGGAGGCGCCAAACUUCCACUUCAUGGGGAUCUACCAAGCGGAUGAGACAACCACCAUGGUGUCGGCCCAGAACACCUUGACUGGACGUGCUAUGUCCCAGUGGUGGGAUUCGUGCGCAGAUGCAGGUCCCGCAAAGCGACCCAACUGCACCUUCUCGGUUCCAAUGCCAACUCUGGAAGUCUUCACGAUUUCCGAUGGCAAAGUCAAGAUUCUUAGAUGCAUUCUUAGAGGUUUUCCAGCUGUCCUAUUGUCCAAUGAAUUUACAAUUUGUAUCAAUUUGUUGAGAACACACACAGAUAAGGAUCCCCGACCUGAUUCUGAACAAUCACAGUGGAUCACACUUGGAGCAGCUCCAGAAGAAGGAAUCAGAGCUGACAGCCGUAUCGAAGCUUGCUGCUGCUUUGAAGGGGAAUUGCGCCGGCGUAUCGAUCCCGGACCCAUCCCCGGUGACAUCCACAACACUGACACCGCGGCGCCCACCUCCCACAGAUCCACCACGAACCGUAGCUUCGCCUGA